AUGUUGCAAAAGUGCCAUAAUAGCAGAGAGCCACAACACAUGUUACAAAUGGUAUGCUCUCGUUUGACUAAGGGAGACACUGACAGAGAUGUCCGCCACUUUGAAUUGGAAGAUCGGCGUUCUGCCAUCAGCUAUCAAGUUGAUGAUGUUCUAGAAAUUUUACCAAGUCAGAAUCCAUCACUUGUUGAUGAUUUCAUUAAGCGCUGUAACUUGGAUCCCGAUUGUUACAUUACGGUUCGAACAAAGGGUGGGGACAACGUUCCUAAAGAUCCCAUCAAGCUAAAGACCUUUGUUGCUUUGACAAUGGAUGUCACAUCAGCUUCCCCUCGGCGAUAUUUCUUUGAGGUCAUGAGCUAUUUUGCAACAGAUGAACGUGAAAAAGCAAAACUUCAGGAUUAUACUACUCCUGAAGGAAGGGGCGACCUUUACCGGUACAAUCAAAAGGAGAACCGGACUGUUCUAGAAGUAUUGGUGGAUUUCCCCUCGGUGCAAAUGCCUUUUGAAUGGCUGGUGCAACUGACGCCUCCGUUGAAGAAAAGAGCCUUUUCCAUAUCGUCGUCCCACUUAGUCCACCCAAACCAGAUACACUUGACUGUUAGUGUAGUAUCAUGGCUUACUCCUUGGAAGAGGGUGCGGCAUGGUCUCUGCUCCACAUGGCUAGCGGGGCUCAGUCCAAAUGAAGGCGAUCAACUUAUACCAUGUUGGAUACGCCGAGGAUCGCUGCCUCGCCCACGGCCAUCGGUUCCUCUCCUGCUCAUCGGGCCGGGAACCGGGUGCGCGCCGUUCCACGCAUUCGUGGAGGAAAGGGCCGCACAGAGCGCAGCGGAGCCAACUACUGCUCCUGUUAUGUUCUUCUUCGGCUGUAGAAACCAAGACAGCGAUUUCCUGUACAAGGACUUCUGGCUGAAACACGCCCAGGGGCAAGGAGGGGUGCUGUCCCUAGACAAGGGCGGCGGUUUCUUCGUCGCCUUCUCUCGGGAUCAACCUCGGAAAGUGUACGUGCAGGACAAGAUAAAGGAGCAGGGGGCGAGAGUGCUGGACAUGCUGUGCUCCGAGUCGUCCAAGGCUGCGAUAUACGUCGCCGGGUCUUCGACCAGAAUGCCCGCCGAUGUUACAGCGGCGUUGGAAGAAGUUCUAUGUCAAGAAGGCGGUGUUCCGCGGGAGGAUGCUUCGGGGUGGCUCAAGGAUCUCAAGAGGGCUGGUAGGUUUGUCGUUGAGACCUGGUCGUGAGAGAGUGGAUUUUCCGGGCUUCCGGCCCAGAGUUUUGAGCCAUGGUGUUAGGAGAACUCCAAUGCAAGUAGGCUAAUGGCGCUUCACUAUUAACUAAAUAGUGGAACACCUUCCAUGUCCCCAACAACAACAACAACAACAACAAAGCCUUUAGUCCCAAACAAG